GGCGACUCCAAAGUGCUUUUCAAAAUGAAAUUUGACAAUGUCCUCUCAGAAAUCAAUGGAUUUGGUCAAUUCCAAAUAAUGAUUGUCCUGAUUCAGAGCCUCUCUCGCAUGACCCUGCCGUGUCACUUCUUACUGAAUAACUUCAUAGCUGCUGUGCCCUCUCACCGCUGUGGCAUCAGCACUCUGGAUGAUGAGGGCGUCUUUGGGAAUCUGACCCAGAAGCAGAGACUGACUGUCAGUAUUCCAGUACAGGAAGAUGGGACUCCAAGCUCGUGCAAGAUGUUCCCAGAACCCCAGUUCCACCUCCUGUCCAACUCCAAUGGCAGUGACCUAGCUACAGUCCCCUGUCAGAAUGGAUGGGUAUAUGACAACAGCACCUUCAAAUCCACUCUGGCUACAGAGUGGGACCUUGUAUGCGAUAGAAAAGGGAUGAACAAAGCGACAGCCACCAUUUUCUUCAUUGGAGUAAUGUGUGGGGCUCCUUUAUUCGGUUUCCUCAGUGACAGAUUCGGCCGGAGGGCAAUGCUGAUGGUGGCUUACCUAGCAACUAUGGUGUUUGCUUUUACCAGUGCCUUCUCCACCUCUUAUGUCAUGUUUUGUAUCAUGAGAUUUUUCACCGGAGUGACACUAUCUGGAAUAAGCAUAAUCUCCAUUGUACUCAGUGUGGAAUGGUUUGACAUUCAACACAGGACAUUUGCUGGAGUGAUAGUAAGCCUGGAUUGGACAGGUGGAAACAUGCUGCUAGCUAGCAUUGCAUACUUUGUGAACGACUGGAGAUGGCUGACCAUAGCAGUUACCUCGCCUCUUGUCUUGGCUGUCAUUACCUGGUGGUGGCUUCCAGAGUCUGCUAGGUGGCUCUUAGCGAAUGGAGAAAAAGAAAAAGCCCAUUUCUACCUGGAGAAAUGUGCCAAGAUGAACAACAGAUCCAAGUGUAUGGCUGAGAUCACACCACAGACCCUUACAAAUGCAGUAAGAGUUAAAGAUGAGGACAAGAAGUACGGUUUUGUGGACCUUGUGAGAACUCCAAAUAUAAGGAAACUUGCCAUUUGCACAGGAAUACUAUGGUAUGGAGUUGCGUUUACAUAUUACAGCAUCAGCUUGAACAUCACUGGGUUUGGCAUGAAUGUCUACUUCACCCAGUUCAUAUACGCUGCCAUCGAGUUGCCUGGAAAGAUUGUGGUCUAUUAUUUCUUGAACAAGUUUGGCCGAAAACCUGGACAGGUUGGGACACUGCUUUUGACUGGAGCCUGUGUCUUCAUCAACAUAUUUGUUCCUCAAGGUUUGUGGGUGUUUCGUAGCAUCGUGGGUCUUUUUGGGAAAGGCCUCUCCGAAGCAUCCUUCACAAUAAUGUUCCUUUAUACCACUGAGCUCUACCCAACAGUAGUUCGGCAGAACGGCAUUGGCUACACCUCAUUUGUGGGUCGGCUAGGCGUGUCCAUCGCUCCCCUCAUCGCCCUAUUGGACGAUGUGUGGGAGCUCCUACCUGCUGUGAUAUAUGCCUUGGUGGCUGUUGGUACCGGACUAGUGGCUUUGCUUCUCCCAGAAACACUCAACGUUCGCCUGCCAGAGUUCCUCGAGGACAUAGACAGACCAAGAGCGGAACUGGAUGGAGAGAGUGGCAAUCCACUGAAGCAAGCUGAUGAAAACAGGAAUGGAAAUGGAACAGUUGAGGUUACAUGAAUCCACGCCGAGAUCUUAUUAGGUUAUAAAAGGAUUAGAUAUGUAGAUAUAUGUGAAUCCAUGUCACUCAGAGAUACAGCAGUUUUCAAGCAAGCACAUGGGGGGACCAGGAUGAAUACGUAUGAACUUUCAAAUUUGUAAGUCGCUCUGGAUAAGAGCGUCUGCUAAAUGACUUAAAUGUAAAUGUAAAAUGAUAGAUAGACACAGAGCAGAAUAUCUACCUAGAAGAAAUAUAAUGGAUGGACCAAAAAAUAGAUGUACUAGGGUCCUACUACCAUAACCAAAACAACUAAAAACAACCAAAUACAAUCCAAUAUAAAUCCCCUUAUGUAACACACAUGAUAAAAGUUACUGUUAACCUCUGAAAUAUCAAUUAAUACUAGUACUUACCUGGUUAGUACUUACAUAUUACUUACCUGUUUAUUACUUAGUGAAAGAUAAUUGUAAGAUGAAUUGUAGCCCAUUUUUCUUACAUGGUCAUUAUUGAAUCUACUGUUUUGUUCUUCAUAAAUACUGGUGUUUGUGUGUCUUACUAUGUGGCUUGGCAAUAAACCUGUGUUCUAUA